AUGUCUUCCAAUGAAGUGGCUUCUCCUGACUCAGAGGUGCAGUAUAGAGGCAAAUCGUACCGUGUUAUAAAAGAAGGACGAGCAUACAUUUUGAAGCCACCCGCCGAAACCGCAGCUACGCAAGCGACAAGGAGGGACCUCAAGCCUGAAGACAAGGACCAGACUGUCUUCUACAACCCAAUCCAGCAGUUCAACCGCGACUUGACGGUCCUCGCAAUUCGCGUUUAUGGGGAGCAUGUCAUGGCGAAGAAUAAGCUGGCGAAUAAGCAUACACCCAAAAGCAGGACGAAGAAGAGGAAGCGAGAGGACGAGCAGGUCAAAGGAACUGAAGAACUGCCAGAUACUCAACAUGUCGAUCCUUGUCCGUUUACAAUCCUAGACGCUUUAUCCGCCUCUGGCCUACGUGCUCUACGAUACGCAUCCGAAAUCCCAUUCGUCACCCGCGUCGUUGCGAACGACCUUUCGAGCUCCGCGAUUCAAUCGAUGAAACUCAAUAUCGAGUAUAAUAGACUUGAAAAUCUGAUUCAACCUAAUACCGGCGAUGCGCGCAUGUAUAUGUACCGCCACGUUGAAGAGAGAAAGAAAUUCGAUGUCAUCGAUUUGGACCCCUACGGCAGUGCUGCUCCGUUUAUAGAUGCAGCUGUGCAAGGAAUCAAGGACGAGGGGCUCCUUUGCAUUACGUGCACUGAUGCAGGCGUGUGGGCAUCGAAUGGUUAUCCCGAGAAGUCGUUCGCCUUGUACGGCGGCAUUCCAAUGAAAGGGUUGCAUUCUCAUGAGGGUGGUCUGCGCUUAAUACUGAACAGCGUUGCAAUUGCAGCUGGAAAAUAUGGACUUGCGAUUGAGCCGCUUCUCUCUCUGUCAAUCGACUUUUACGCUCGACUCUUCGUCCGUAUUCAUCGGUCACCAGCGCAGGCCAAGUUCAUGUCGGGCAACACAAUGGUUGUCUAUAACUGUGACUCAGGCUGUGGCGCAUGGACCACCCAGCCCUUGACUCAAACUCGGCAGAAACUCGACAAAAAAGGAAACCCAUUUUAUCAUUUUGGGCUUGCACAGGCACCAACCGGGAACCAGAAGUGUGAGCAUUGCGGAAUGAAGACUCAUCUGUCCGGCCCAAUGUGGGCUGGUCCUCUUCAUAACUCGGACUUUAUCCAAAAGAUACUCGACCUGCUCCCGCAAGUCGAUAGAGAUGUUUACCAGACUUUAGACAGAGUUGAAGGCAUGUUAACUACCGCACUCGAAGAAGAUUUGAGCCUGCAAAUCAUCCCAGAAAAUGACCAGUCCCCUGCCUCUGAAGACACCGCCCCAACUGGAGACUCCCUACACAUCAUUGCCAGGACAGAUCCUGCUCUUCGCGAGCCUCAUCCUUUCUAUUUCGGCCUCGCUAGCAUCUCGAAGGUCAUUCACACGACCACUGUUCCCUACUACGAAUUUCUUGGUGCCCUUCGCCAUCUCGGCUACCGAUGUACUCGCAGUCACACCAAACCGAACACAGUCCGCACCGACGCUCCAUGGACCGUUAUCUGGGAAAUUAUGCGUGAGUGGGCACGGCAGAAAGGGCCCAUUAAAGAGGGGUCUAUCAGGCCUGGGACUGCAGGUGCCGGCAUUAUGGCCAAAAGCCGGAAACUACAAAUCAAUCCGCAAUUAACGGCAUUGAGACAGGAACUCAUUACUGCCUCCGAGGAUGGGAAAGACGUGCCCGAUCUUAUUACUAGAGUCGAGGCUGCAUUGUAUCGUUCACGGUCACAAUGCAGCCUCGACUCUAGCACAGAGCUUUCGGCAGGCAAUGCCAGAGACACUCGAACAGACAACUCGUCGGUGGAUUGCUCUAAGCUUGAUGUGGUGUUUGACGAAUCUCUGGGGCGGCAAACGCGGCGCCGGAAGCGGCUUGUUAGGUACCAGGUAAAUCCAAGAGCGAACUGGGGUCCAUUGGGUCGAGCCUCUGGGGGGGCUCGUAGAUGA